GCACUAAUUACUCGCAACCGUGCCUAUCCCAAAACCUAGCCUGUGAAUUUGCCUCCGUUUAGAAGAUGCAGAUCUUCGUAAAAACCCUUACGGGGAAAACCAUAACCCUGGAGGUGGAGUCCUCUGAUACCAUCGACAACGUCAAAGCCAAGAUCCAGGACAAGGAGGGCAUCCCGCCGGACCAGCAACGCCUUAUCUUCGCCGGAAAGCAGCUAGAGGACGGACGUACCCUCGCCGACUACAACAUCCAGAAGGAGUCCACCCUGCAUCUCGUACUACGUCUCCGUGGUGGCGCCAAGAAGCGCAAGAAGAAGACGUACACCAAGCCAAAGAAGAUCAAGCACAAGCAUAAGAAGGUCAAGCUCGCUGUCCUCCAGUUCUACAAGGUCGACGACUCCGGAAAGGUCCAGAGGCUGCGGAAGGAGUGUCCCAAUGCCGAGUGCGGGGCUGGAACUUUCAUGGCCAAUCAUUUUGACAGGCACUACUGUGGUAAGUGUGGGCUUACGUAUGUCUACAAUAAGGCCGGUGAUGAUUGAGAAAUGGAGUUAUCUGAGUGAGAAUUCUAGUUUUCUGCUGUUUUUAUUCUGUCUUAAUUGUUAUUUGAACGGUUAUUAUGUUGGGUCUAUCAUAUGAAUUUUGGAUUAAGCAUUAUGUUUAAGACAUUGAGUGUCUUUUAAUCUAGUUUACAUUUAAAGGUGUUAAUGGAUAAUUUUUUAUCAGUAUCCUUCUUGUGUGAUGAAAUUAUGAA